CCCCCUUCAGUCUUGCACAGGUGUACCGCCUCCCCCCUUCAGUCUUGCACAGGUGUAGCGGCUCCUCCCCUUCAGUCUUGCACAGGUGUAGCGGCUCCUCCCCUUCAGUCUUGCACAGGUGUUACCGGCUCCUCCCCUUCAGUCUUGCACAGGUGUACCGACUCCUCCCCUUCAGUCUUGCACAGGUGUACCGCCUCCCCCCCUUCAGUCUUGCACAGGUGUAGCGGCUCCUCCCCUUCAGUCUUGCACAGGUGUACCGGCUCCUCCCCUUCAGUCUUGCACAGGUGUACCGACUCCUCCCCUUCAGUCUUGCACAGGUGUACCGGCUCCUCCCCUUCUUUCUUGCACAGGUGUGCUGGCUCCUCCCCUUCAGUCUUGCACAGGUGUAGCAGCUCCUCCCCUUCAGUCUUGCACAGGUGUACUGGCUCCUCCCCUUCAGUCUUGCACAGGUGUAGCGGCUCCUCCCCUUCAGUCUUGCACAGGUGUAGCGGCUCCUCCCCUUCUGUCUUUCAUAGGUGUAGCGGCUCCUCCCCUUCAGUCUUGCACAGGUGUACCGACUCCUCCCCUUCAGUCUUGCACAGGUGUACUGGCUCCUCCCCUUCAGUCUUGCAAAGGUGUAGC